AUGGACCCGGGUGGCGGUGCCCUUGUGCAGCAGCUGCUCGACCCGCGCUCCCCCCUCAACAUCGAGGGACUAUUAGAUGCUGUCACGGCUCUCGUCAACGACUGCAAUUACCCGGUGCUGCGCAAAAUCAAGACAAUCGACCAAUUUGUGAAGAAAUAUGAGGGCCACGUCCGCCGAAUCUCCGAGAUGCGCCUCAAGGGCACGGAUUUCGAGCUGAUCAAGGUGAUUGGCCGCGGCGCGUUCGGAGAGGUGCAGCUCGUCCGGCAGACGUCGACACGCCAAGUCUACGCGAUGAAGCUGCUCAACAAGGACGAUAUGAUAAAACGCUCGGAUUCGGCCUUUUUCUGGGAAGAGCGUGACAUCAUGGCCCACGCUGAGUCCGACUGGAUAGUUCGGCUUCACUAUGCUUUCCAGGACGCCCGCUACCUCUACAUGGUGAUGGAGUACAUGCCUGGCGGCGAUCUCGUCAACCUCAUCACAACCUACGAGGUCUCCGAGAAAUGGGCUCGCUUCUACAUUGCCGAGCUCGUCGAAGCGCUGGCCGCCCUCCACUCGAUGGGAUACAUUCAUCGGGACGUGAAGCCGGACAACAUGCUGAUCGCCCGGAAUGGUCAUAUCAAGCUCGCCGACUUCGGCACGUGCGUGAAGAUGAACGCUAACGGGCGUGUGCAGUGCAGUACGGCAGUCGGGACGCCCGACUACAUUGCCCCCGAAGUUCUCUGCAAUCAGGGCCGCGAAGCCGAAUUUGGUGUCGAAGUGGAUUGGUGGUCUGUCGGCGUGUUCCUCUACGAACUGUUCGUCGGCGAGACGCCCUUCUACGCCGACUCCAUCGGCAACACCUACUCAAACAUCAUGAACUUUUCGACGACGCUCUCCUUUCCGGACGAUACACCGAUCAGCUCAACGGCAAAGAACCUGAUCCGAGCCUUCCUCUCCCGAGCGGACCAGCGUUUGGGGCGUGAUGGGGCCGGCUCGAUUCGGAAGCAUCCCUUCUUCCAGAAUGCCGAAUGGACGUUUGAAACUCUACGUGAUGCCCAGCCUCCAAUCGUCCCCGAACUUCGCGGCGACGACGACACCACAAAUUUCCAAGAGGUCGAGGCCGACAACGAUCAGGGCAACGACUUCCAGAUUCCGCGUGCCUUCACCGGCAACCAGCUGCCCUUCGUCGGCUUCACCUACACCAGUGAAUUGGGCCCCCUUCGCCAAUUUGCCGACGCCCUGAAGGACAAGAACGCGAACCCGGUGCAGGUUCAACAGCAGACCGCACAAAUUCGGCCUGACCCGGCGCUCACUGAUGAGUUGCGGAGGACGAAGGACGAGCUGGAGCGGACGAGGCGUGAGAUUCUCGAGCGCAGCGCCGACCUUGAGCACCAGCAACUCGUGCUCGAAAGGGCCAAGCAGCGCGGAAAUGAGAUAGAAUCGCAUGCUAACAAGCUGACUGAGCGGGUGCACGAGCUGGAGCGUGAGUGCGACGAUCUCAAGGUUCGACAGCGCGGCCAAGGGGAUCUCGAGGAGCGGGUACGACGUCUCGACACCGAGCUGAACGAGCAUCGCCUCAUGGCUGGCGCACUGGAGGCCAAGUUGGCGAAGAGCCUUUGGUAUUUCUUAUUUAUCUUGUCGGCGUUGUUGUUCUUCUCGAGUGUGUUGAUCUGCUAC